AGUCAAUCCAAGUACUCGCGCUCGAUUACAGUCUCGAAUGGCAACGAGCAUCAGCUGAUCGCAUAUUCACAAAAACCCUAGCAGGCAGCAAUGGUUUCUCUUCUCCCAACGAAUACCCUUUUCUCUUCUUCAUCCUUUACCCGCCUCCCUCCAUCCUCAUAUUCUCCGCCCCUACCUUCAUGGCCGACGAAAACCCUACCGACCCCCUCCUCUGCCCGCCGCCGCUCAAUCAGUCCCCGUGCCGUCCUCCAGUGGAACCGCAAGCCACAGCUCGCUGGUGAGACCCCGCGCGUGGUCGUCAUCACCUCCGGCAAGGGGGGCGUCGGCAAGACCACCACCACCGCCAACAUUGGUCUCUCCCUGGCCCGCCUCGGCUUCUCCGUUGUGGCCAUCGACGCUGAUGUCGGCCUCCGCAACCUCGACCUUCUCCUCGGACUAGAAAAUCGCGUCAACUACACAGCUGUCGAGGUCCUCAACGGCGACUGCCGUCUCGACCAGGCUCUCGUCCGCGACAAGCGCUGGCCCUCGCUUGAGCUCCUCUGCAUAUCCAAACCCCGGUACAAACUCCCCCUCUCCUUCGGCUCCAAGGCAAUCACAUGGCUCGUGGACGCCCUCCGCUCCCGCACGGACGGACACCCGGAUUUUGUACUCAUAGACUGCCCUGCUGGCAUUGAUGCUGGUUUCAUUACCGCAAUUGCCCCCGCCGACGAAGCCGUCCUCGUUACCACUCCCGAUAUUACCGCUCUCCGGGACGCCGAUCGCGUCACCGGUCUUCUUGAGUGCGACGGCAUUAGGGACAUUAAGAUGAUUGUCAAUCGAGUGAGGACGGACCUCAUUCGCGGUGAGGAUAUGAUGUCAGUGCUUGACGUACAGGAAAUGCUCGGCCUUCCGUUGCUCGGAGUAAUCCCAGAGGAUGCCGAGGUUAUCAAGAGUACCAAUAGAGGCCUUCCUUUAGUGUUGAACAACCCACCGGCACUGGCAGGCCUGGCAUUCGAGCAGGCUGCUUGGAGACUCGUGGAGCAGGACAGUAUGACGGCUGUGAUGGUAGAGGAGGAGCCUAAAAAGCGUGGUUUCUUCUCCUUUUUUGGAGGAUAAAAGGUGAACGCUUCCUCUAUUGCUGCUGCUGCUUUUAAGAGGAAUGAAAUUUGUGUAAGUUUUCAAGUCUCUUGUUCCUGGAAUGACCUUGGGAGAUAAGAGUUGUCUACAGCAAGAAGAUUUACGCGUGUUAGGGUUUUUUAAUUGCUUGCAAGCUUGCCUUACGAGCUGAACUUUCAUCUAUCUGUCAUAAAAGGUAUGAAUAUUAUUUUUUCUAUUUUGAAAUGUCUAUAAUUGUCACUCUAUCAUGCGACUAAAGAAGUGUCCAAAUAUGUGAAUUGCCCUCCUAAGUCAAAAUCAGUAUGACCAAGGAAAAUUGUUCCUGCAUUUUAGAGCAUG